UUUGAUAGGGGAAUGGGCUCGAGCGGUUUUGUCCAUUAUUCUCGUGCGAUGUCGCCUGAAAGGUCUUCUUCCGAUAGCAUUUCGGUGGAUUUUGUUUCCAAGAUAUCUUAUAUUUCCCAGUUCUCCAUGUCUGAUCCCAGCCUUUCCCCUGUUCGUGAAUUGGCGUUGAACCUCGCUUCUCAUCCUUCUGCCGAUGCUUCUCAGUCUGGAUGGGAAUUUUUCUCCAAGCUUUCCCUUGAUCAGCAUGUCGCGUUUGAUUAUUUGAAUUCUAGGCGCGCUAUUGCUCAGAUCAUGAAUUAUCGUAAAGUAGCGAACGUGGUUCGUGCUCAGUCCUCUCAGAUGUCUUCCCUCAAAAAUGAGGUUGCAGAUCUUCAAGGAGAAGUUUCCCUACUUAAGAAGGAUCGCCAUAGGCUUGAUAAUGAAUUAUCUUCGGCUACGAAUGCUGCGAAGGAUGCUCAAGUUAGGAAUGAUAUAUUUGCAGAAACCGGGAAGAGCUUGCGAGCUGAGUUGAAUUCUUUGACGGAGAAGUUUGAGAAGUCACAACAAGAGUUGGGUAUGCUCAACGGUGGUGAUGGUUCUUCUUCGCAGUUGGAGGCUGAUUUAUCUGGAAAACUCUCCUUGGCGAAUGAUGAGCUUACUCGCGUAAGGGCAGAGGUCGAGCAGUAUAAGGGGACCAUGGAAGCCAUGUAUGCUUUGUUGAAGCGUCGCAAGAAAGCCCAGCUUACUAAUGCUGGUCACGAAGCGCAAAGGGUAUGUAAUAGGGUUUCUAGAGAUAUUUUCGAUCGUGUUACUACUGAGAACAACAUUCCCACUCGUCCUGAUGUUCUCGUUCCCGAGAACGAGUUCAUGGAACUCGAAUCCAGCGAUGAGGGAGAGUUUGUCGAAGAAGAGGAAGGUAGCAGUGAGGAGGAAGCUGGCGAGGACGAUGUUGAUGAGGAAGAGAGAGAUGCUGAUGAGCAAGAGGGAGAUGGUAAAGCUGCUUCUGGUGAUGGUCUCGGCGAUCUUGGGGAUGGCCUGUAUCAGCAGGGUCCUCCUUCUUCUUCUCCUAAUGAUGUUCCCAUUGUCUCGCAACCUGGGGCAGGAGAUUCUUCGCAAGUGUCUUCUCCUUUUCAUGAUUGGGCUGCUUUUUAAUCUUGUUUUCUUCCAAAUAUUCUCUUUUUGUUAUGUGGUUUUUUCUGGGCGCUCCCAAGCUUGGGGGGCAUGACUUUAAAUCCGUAUUCCUUUUCCUGUGUCAUCAUCUUGAGAACAGAAGAUGUACAUAUAACUAAAUGCAUUAGUGUUGUUCAUUA